UUGAGAGUGUGAUUCCCCGCUGCACGUCCUCCGUGGGACUCGGAGCCGACCAUGGCGGCGGCGGCUGCUGCGUGCGGCCAGCACGGCACCGCCAUACCGACCACGAAAAAAACCCAAAGUCGGGAGCAAAUCCGGCGGAACCGCGAGAAUUCAAACCGGAGAAAAGCCGCUCUUUUGUUCCUCUCGAACAUCUCGUUGGACGGGCGGCCGGUGCGCAGCAGCUCAGCCGAGCAGCGGCGCAACGACACCGUCCCGGAGGGCGCCGAGCUGAGCGAGCUCGCUACCAAGACGCUCCCGGAGCCGGGUCACCGCAGCGAGACCCGUUCGAGUAGUUUGUCAGCUUCCGUCAGCUGCCGGGACGUGAAAACAACGUCCACCGCGGGGCUCCUCGCCGUGCCGCCCAUUGUCGUCUUACCUGCCGGUUCCGACGCGGAGAGCGCGGAGCUGCUGCUCGGCCGGCGCAGGGACUCGGUGCCCUUGGUGGCCAACAGCAACCUGCUCUCGCCGUCGCUGUCGCUGUCGGCGUCGGCGUCGGCGUCCAACAGCAGCCUGCUGCCGUCGCCCGUGGGACCGCGGAAGUCGUCCACGCUGCUAUCGGUGCAGAGCUGCAGCUCUGUGUCCUCCGAGUUGAGGCAAAGAACCCGAAACCUCUCAGGCGGGUCCCCCAGGCCACGACAGACCAAGAAAAUCCACUUCAUCAAAAACAUGAAGCAGUACGACACGAGGGGAAGCAGGAUCGUGUUGAUCUGCGCCAAAAGAUCCCUGUGCGCAGCCUUCUCUGUUCUGCCGUAUGGAGAGAGCUUUUACCUCAGUGAGCCAAUGUUGAACCAUCCCCGGAGGAGACACUCAUCCGGGAAUAUUUCCACCUCCUUGGAGAUGGGACUGGAGGGUUUCCACUUGGAGACGUACGGCAGGUCGGUGUCGUACGCCCAGUUCCUGUACCCCACCAACGCCCUGGUCAGGCAAAAGCCGUCUUCCGCCAGCGACCUGACGCUGCAGAUUCCCACAUCCAGGAGCUCUCAAGGCAUGCCGCCCAGGAGCUUCACCCCGAGUCGACUCAACAGCGCUGUGGGACUUGACCUUGGACUGGAGGAUGUGACAGACUACGACCCUAAUAUUCUCAGUGACCCCCAGUGGCCUUGUGGGAAACACAAGCGGGUACUGAUCUUCGCCUCUUACAUGACGACCGUCAUAGAAUACGUGAAACCUUCCGACCUGAAGAAAGACAUGAACGAGACAUUCAAGGAGAAGUUUCCUCACAUCAAACUCACCCUGAGUAAGAUUCGCAGUCUGAAGCGAGAGAUGCGAUCGGUCGGCGAGGACUGCGGCCUGCAGCCCGCCACCGUCGCAAUGGCCUUCGUCUACUUUGAGAAGUUGGUGCUGCAAGGGAGACUCAAUAAACAGAACAGGAAGUUGGUGUCAGCUGCCUGCAUUCUAUUGGCAGCUAAGAUUAGCAGCGAUCUAAGGAAACAGGAGGUCAAACAUCUCAUUGAUAAGCUGGAAGAGCGCUUCAGGAUCGGCAGGCGGGAGCUGAUAACCUUCGAGUUCACCAUCCUGGUGGCCCUGGAGAUGGCGCUCUACCUCCCGGAGAGUAAAGUCAUGCCACAUUACAGGCGGUUGGUGCAGCAGCAGCAGCUGUAGCCUCCAACAAAUCAUCGACUCCUGAUUUGCACAGGUUUUGGGAUAAGAGGGCACAAUUUAUUUUUCACAUGAGAGGAAACAGAUCAAUAAGAGAUUAUUUCCCCCUAAACAAGUCCUCUUUCUUAAAUCCUCAUGGAUCAUCUUCAUGACAUUCUGGCAGGAAUUCAAGAUUCCAGUUGCCUCCAUUCAACUUUUGCGGAUUACCGAUUCCCGGAUGAGUGACAACGUCCGCAUUUCACCCGUGGAGUCACAUCGAGGGCACAUGCGCAAAACGGUCUACAAAGUCAAGCUGCCCAUCUUCAUCUGACAAGGGCCGUCUUUCAAGCAGAGGGACGAGAAAAACACUGAAAAUCAUCACGGAGGCUUGUGUUCUGUCUUGGCACCACCGAACGCCCCGCCGUGAACCAGCAAUACAAAACCAGCGGGCCACCAAAGACUCCCGAGUCAACCCACCCAACUGCUGACUCCCCUCGCCACCUCCAUAAACCACCUCUCGGGUCUUCACCUUUUCCGCCGACUUGGCGUCUCUAUUUCCAAUUUCCUUGACGUUUUAAUCUGCACUUGCUUCCUAAACUGCUUCCUCGGUGGGAGUGCACAGAAACAAAACGAGUGACUUUGUGCCUCACAACUCCCAGGAACAAAUCUUACACUCAGACGGAUCGCAGACAGAACCAGUUGGGUGUUCUUCCCCCCCCCCCCCCCCCCCAGACUUUAACAGUGUAACGACUUUGAAACAGAGCUUCUCAAACUGAGGUCCGUAAAAUCAUUUUCAAUAUUCAAUUCGUUUCAUAUCAUCUUAAAAAGUGCAUACAAGCCCUUAAACCAAUUACUUCUCCCUCCUUUAGCUUUAUGCAAAUUUCAAACUCUAAUAUGAUUGCGAGGUAUAACAUAAAUGUGACAUCUCUGCAUGUCCACAUAAUUUCUAGCUCUCGCUCUCCUAUUUUCUCACGUAGAGUUGUACAGGUAAGGCAAGGCGACCUCAGCCAAAUAUUUACGGCUCGGGGUCAAGGGUUUGUGGGUAAAUUCCUGGUUUUGCAAAAUACAGUCAUGGAAAAAAAAAAUGAUGAGACCACGCUUGUUUCUUCAAUUUCUUGUUUAUUUGAGUGCCCGGUACCACGAAAGGUACAGUAUCUUACCUGUAGACUAUAAAGAACACAACAAAAAUACAGCUGAUUCAAUAAUACUUGCUGUCCUAUUUGACAUGCCGAAGUGUAAUUAUUUUCCCAGUGAUUUUGGUUAUUAUGAAGAAAACUGUGCACUAUUUUGCUUGUCAUCGUAAUAUUGGUCCAAAGAAAUGUACCGUUAGUUGUGCCAAGCAUUAAAAAUGAGCAAGAAACUGAAGAAAGGGUAAUCUCAUAUUGUUCCAUGACUGUAUAAAUGGACACCGAGUCUUUGGUAAUGUUCAGCGCCAUUGACGCCGUGAUUGGCUUCCACUGCGCUCCUUUUCUUGUCAUACGCAAAACAAUGUGAAAAUGACUCCGCCAGGUUAUUAGUUUCUUAGCGAGAAUUAUAUCCGCUGCUUUUUUUUUAAUUUUUAUUUUUUUUUAACUUUUUCCUAGAGUGCUCGGAAAAGUGUCUAAAUAUAGCCUAUAUAAAUGUGGGCUAAGUUGUCAACACUGACUUGUGCUUUUAUAACCUACUGUACCUCCUCUCUUUUUGCAGCAAUGUUGUUAGUGGAAGCAGUGCAAGUCAGCUGGUGACAAUAGAUAAAUAUUGAAUUGAAUUUGGUUAAGUUAAUUCCCAUGUCAUGGGGGGGAUAUUGGCAUAAAUUUCCAUCUGCAAUUUCGUCAAAGAGUUUUAGUUCCAAAGAAUGGUCAUGGUGGGGCGGUUGGUGUGGUGCCAAUUGGGAGAUUUGUCCGAUUGGCACCAGUUGGCAGCACAUCUCGGGCCUUCGGUGUUGACCAGUGACGGCCCGCUGCUCUUUCUGCACUUUGCUUCAUCAUCCUGAGUUUGAAAUAACAAACGGACGAAAGGCAAUGCUAUUUUCCUAGCGCUGAAUUUUUGUACGUUGUGAUACUGGCGCUCACCGAAGUCGAUUAUUUAUAAUAUCUGAUUGACAUUUGUAGCAAUAAGCACAAGCAGCCGAGUGUCUUUUGGAUCUACAGUGCUACAUUGUCUUCUCUACAUUAGAGACUUGAUUCUAUGCAGCCCUCCCAUCCCUGCCCACCUUAUUUUAUUUAAUUUAAAACUCAGCUUGUGUUUCACUUUGUCUACUGUUUGUCUUCCAUUUAUUUAUGACCAUUUUCUUAAACAUUUUUGUUAAUUUAAGGUUACAUUUCUAUCAUUGGCGACAAUGUGGACAAGCCUUCAGCAGUUUUACUUUAAAUGUACGAUGUAUUAUAUAUGUAUUGCCUCAGCCCACUGAGCUGAAAGCUUCAUGACAUUCCCUCUCGUUUCACAAAGUUCAUGGUGAAUACAAACACACUGAACACACACACACACACACACACACACAAUAACGGUUACUGAAAUUGUGUCCGCUUUCUCACCGUCAUUAUUUUAUUGUCAUUUGAGUUGGACAUCUGCCUGGAAGGAAGCCCUGAUCGUGCCGUUUGACACAGUCGUUGUUGCCAUUUUCGUCUCGUCCCAUCACGUCGCCACACCGAGUUACUCACGUGAUCUGUUUGUCGGUUUUUACGCAGGAUGCAACCCACCAUUUUCUAUCCAUAUGCUGUGUAUAUUUUAUGUUUCAUGAUGUCAACGUGGACAUUUGCAGCAUCUUGUAGCUCCCGGGACUGUUUUUUUUUUUUUUUUUUUAUUCAGCUUAGAAAUAGAUCAGUGAGAUUGUAUUUUGUUUGAAGACGAAUGCCAACCUGCUCAAGAAAACUGUCAAUCUUUAUUAAAUGUUUAUUUUCGUAAAAGAAA